AUGGUUGCUCCACAAGUGCAACCACUGCAAAAUCCGUUUGAUGAUGCUGCAUUUUAUUUUGAUAACCAUCAAACACUGGCAAAUAAUUAUAUGGAACAGAAUAGCGAUAAAUCUCAUACAAUUACAUCUAUACAAAUAGUAGAAAUACAAAAGAACACAAAAGCAUUGCAACAGAACGGAAAUCGCACGAAACCACUAAACAACAAUAUUUUAAAUCAAAAUUAA